UCGGCGCCGGGAACGCGGCCACUCGCUCGGCGUCGGGGGAGCCGCGAGGACCAUGGAGCCGGUGUCGCUGCACAGCUUCGUUUGCACCCUGGACCUCGCCUCCCUCCCGCGUGUGCUGCGGGUCUGCUCGGGGGUGUACUUCCAGGGCUCCAUCUACGAGAUCUCUGGGAACGAGUGCUGCCUCUCCACGGGGGACCUGAUCAAGGUCACCCAGGUUCGCCUCCAGAAGGUGGUCUGCGAGAACCCAGGAACCGGCCAGACCAUGGAAAUCACCCCCGACUUCCACGGCUACUUCAGCCCCCUCACUGGCCGUCAGAGCUAUGGGACCCUGGAGGAGCUGCUCUCUGCUGCAACCCAGUGCUCCAAGACGCUGCCCAUUUGCUUCAUGUCGACCCACAGAAUCACCACAGAGGCCAGAGUGGUGCCUGAGGACCAGCCCCUUAAACUCGAGGCUGUGGAGACAUACCAUGGGACCUACCGUGCCCGCUGUGUACUAGACACUGAAACACAUCCGUUCAUUCUGCACCUGCCUCUGUCUCAGAAGGGGCCCUUCUGGGAGUGGAAGCCCGGUGCCCCUCGGCCCCUGCUCAAGGCCCUGCAGGACCCAGCACUGAGCAACCUCCUCUUCACCUGCCCGACCCUCCCCUGGCGUACCCUGAUCUUGAGGCCCCAGUAUGAGGUCCAAGCCAUCAUGCACAUGCGCAGGACCAUUGUCAAGAUCCCCUCCAGCCUGGAGGUUGAUGUGGAAGAUGUCACCAGUUCCUCUCAACACAUUCAUUUCAUCCAACCACUGCUGCUGAGUGAGGCCCUGGCCCGGGGAGGCCCCUUUCCUCUGUGCAUGGAGAUCCUGGAAAUUCCGGAGGGGCCCUCCAUCUUCCUCAGCCCAUGGGCAGGCUCCUUGCAUAAAGGCCAGAAGCUCUGUAUCCAUGGCCUGGCCUCACCACCUUGGCGGGUCCUGGUUUCAACCAAGGGCCGGAAGAUACCCAGACACUUCAUGGUCUCUGGGGCUUAUCAGGGCAAGCUGCGGCGGCGACCCAGAGAGUUCCCCACAGCCUAUGAUCUCCUGGGUGCUCUCCAGCCAGGCCAGCCACUCCGCGUAGUGGCCACAAAGGACUGUGAGGGCGAAGGGGUGGAGAGCCCUGGGUUCACUUCCCUGGCUGUGGGCGACAGGCUGGAGGUGUUGAGAUCUGGCCAGGCCCAUGGGGCUGAAGGCAGGGACAUAGAUGUCUUGGUGUGUCAGCGGCUGAGUGACAAGGCGGAGGAGGAGGAGGAGGAAGAGAAUGAAGAUGUAGAAGACGACGACCAGAUUCUGCUGCCCCUUUACUUCUCUGGUAGUUUUGUGGAAGAGAUGAAUGAUAGUCGGCGCUAUAGUCUGGAAGAUCUGACUGCCCAUUUUUCAUUGCCCUGUGAAGUCAAGGUGGUGGCCAAGGACAGCAGCCAUCCUGCUGACCCUCUGCCCUCCUUCCCAGGCCUGCGGCUGGAGGAGAAAAUCAUGGAACCUUUCUUGGUGGUCAGCCUCAACUCCAACCCUGAGAUGUGCUUCGAGAUCCCUCCCCGGUGGCUGGACCUGACUGUCGUGGAGGCCGAGGGGCAGCCAGGCCAGCCGGCUGGGCCUCUCCCUGUAGCCACGGUGGAGGAGCUGACAGAUGCCUUCUACUACAGCCUUCGGAGGUUACCGGCCUUCAAGAACCAACCCCCCCCACCCAGGCCCCCCAAAAGUCAGGGUCUCAGUGGGCAGAAGAAACAAAGCAACAAGGAGAAAAGCGGCCAGUCUUCUGAACUCUUAGAACUGCAGCAAGCCCCUCUACUCAAGCCCAAGAUGCAGACGCUGCCACGGAAUGCCAAGGACAGCUCAAAUACAUACAGCAAGGUCUCAGGCCACAGGAAGGACCGCAGGCACACUAAGUCCAUCAUAGAAGAUGGAGAUAAUGAUGACCAUGAUUAUGAAGAAAUACUUGAGCAAUUUCGGAACACCCUUUAAAUGCUGGAGGAACCUUGCUUCUUACCUGCUGUUUCUCAGAGAAUCUGAGAUACCAGCCAACGUUACAAAGCCUUUACAAGACCUUUGGACAUGAUCUCACUGAAAUCAGACUGUGGACAGGAAAUGGCUUCGUGCGGACCAAUCUGAAAAGGGAUAGACAUACCAGCUCUCCUGAGGUUCUAGGUUCCUGCCACAGAGGGCUGGCUUGUUUGGGGCCAGCACCUUGUGCUUGACUCCCUCAGCCUCAGAGCUCUGGUAUCCAAAGGAGCCAAGGAGGUUCUACUCAAUCCUGAGUCCCCAACACCAGCUGUCUCACUGGUUGGUGCAGAAAGGAAUCAGAGACCACCAACCUUGAUGGUGGCGGCACAGUGUUGCUUGACUCUCAGUAAAAAGGGCUCAAUGCUGAACAUAACGCACUGAGAGCCUUUUCUUAUGUUUGCCACUCCCUCGCCACCCCACCCCCAAACUCUAACCCCUGAGAAAACAGGAGCUGUGUUAUCUGUGCAGAAUGCAGCACAUAAUAGUUGCAUGUGACUAUCCAAGAUUUUUUCACUCUAAAACCAUAGAAUAAAAAUUACAUCUGGAAAAAUAGGAACAGAAACCAUUUAGUAAGGUCUGUGUGCCAGACCCUUUAUAAGCAUUAUCUAAAUCCUCGACUCUCUAGAUAGACAAUGGCCUGAUUUUAAAGAUCAGAAAACAAGCUUAAGUGGUCAGGUGUUUCAGGAGGCAGACUAGUCAUGAGCCUGGGUUAGCAUCCCUGCACCACCUCUCAGCUAGGACUAUGAACAAGUUAUUUUAACCUAAGCUUCAGUUCCUUCACAUGUAAAAUGAAAUAGUUAUCUACCUCACAAAAUUGUUUUAAAGAUCAAAUGAGAUAAUCUUGGUAUAUAGUGCAGUGCCUGGAACGAAUAAACACUUAAUAAGAA